CACGUUUUCCGCUAGCUGAAAGCACUUACUAAUACAUGUAGUAUAAGUAAUAGAAAUAACAUAAAAUUACACAGAUAUAUCAAAGUAAUAGGAAAAUCAUCAAAAUGGGUAAAGCAAAAAAAGCAGGAAAAGCUCCCAAAAAGGGAGAUGGAAUAAACAGGGCCAACCACAGCAUGAAUCCAGAUCGAGCCAAAGGUGCAGGAGGUCAGAACAUGAGGGACAGAGCUACCAUAAAGAGGUUACAGAUGUACAGAAAUUUUAAACCCAAAAGAGACAAACAUGGAAAAAUAACCAAGCCAGCACCAUAUCAAUCCACCCUUGCAUCUGGUACUGUGGCCAGGGUUGAGCCAAAUAGAAGAUGGUUUGGCAAUACUAGAGUAAUAACUCAGAAAGCUUUACAGUCUUUUCAAGAAGAAAUGGGUAAAGUUAUGAAAGACCCAUAUAAAGUUGUCAUGAAACAGACUAAGUUACCCAUCACCCUCCUGAAUGAAACUGCUAAGCAUGCUAGAGUUCAUCUCCUGGAUACAGAACCAUUUCAGUCUACAUUUGGGCCGAAAUCUCUGAGAAAAAAACCUAACAUUAAAGCAGUGGAUGUACAGAGUCUCCUUGCUGCUGCCCAGUCAUCCACAGACAAGUAUGAUGCAGAAAAGGACAGAGACUUGGAUAUAGAGGACACUGGUGUGAAAGAAGAGGCCAAGGAACUGGUCUUCAGGGCAGGGACUUCCAGGAGGAUUUGGAGUGAACUGUACAAAGUUAUAGAUUCAGCCGAUGUGAUACUCCAGGUUUUGGAUGCUAGGGAUCCUCUCGGCACCAGGUGUCGCCAGGUGGAGGCCUACCUUAAAAAAGAAAAGCCACACAAACACCUCAUUUUUGUGUUGAACAAGUGUGAUCUUGUGCCAACAUGGGUUACGAAAAAAUGGGUUGCUAUUUUGUCAUCUGAAUACCCCACGUUAGCUUUCCAUGCUAGCAUCACCAAUUCAUUCGGCAAAGGAGCUAUGAUUAAUUUGCUAAGACAGUUUGGAAAAUUACACAGUGACCGCCAGCAGAUCAGUGUUGGAUUUAUUGGCUACCCAAAUGUGGGAAAGAGCUCAAUCAUUAACACCUUGCGUGCCAAGAAAGUUUGUAAUGUGGCUCCCAUUGCUGGAGAAACAAAGGUGUGGCAGUAUGUGACACUGAUGAGAAGGAUCUUCCUCAUUGACUGCCCAGGUGUGGUAUACCCACAGGGGGACACCGAGACAGAGAUAGUGCUGAAGGGAGUGGUUCGUGUAGAGAAUAUAAAAAGCCCAGAAGAUUACAUCCCAGCAGUUUUGGAAAGAGUGAGAAAAGAGUAUGUGGCUAAAACAUACAAGAUUGACACCUGGACUACUGCAGAAGAGUUCCUGGAAAAAUUAGCCCAAAGAUCAGGCAAACUGCUCAAGGGUGGAGAGCCAGAUUAUUGUACCGUAGCUAAAAUGGUCCUGAAUGACUGGCAGAGAGGAAAACUUCCUUACUAUGUAAGACCCCCAGAAUCAGAUGAACCAAGAAAUAUGAAUGAUAAAUUGGAAGUCCCAGAAGCAGCUACAGAGGCACAGGAAGCAAAUGCUCAAGAUGCUGCAUUGUCUACUAAAGCUCCUAUCCCUAAUGGUGAAGAUAUGGCACAACCUGCCAAAGUAAAAGUACACGUUCAAGUGAGGCAAGAUUUCAGUAAGAUAAAUGUAGAACCAGAGUUUGAGGGAGAAGAUGUCCAACCUCUAGAACAAGAUGAAACCUUUAAUGAAGAGAAUACAGAAUAUGAUGACAGUGAAUCAGAUGCAGAAAUGACCCAUAAUGAACUCCCAAGUAGUACAAGUGAUGUUUUAUCAGAGAAGAUGACCACGUCUAAAACUGAUGAUACUGCUUCAGUUGAAAAGAAGGCAAAGAAAGAUAUCGAGAAUGUGAAUGAUAAAUUAAAGGAAAGUUUGACUGAAUUAGACACUGAUUCAAAUGUGAAAUUGGGUGCCAAGACCAAAAGAGGAAAGAAAAGUACUGUCAAACAUAAGGUCAUAAAACUGGAACAGAAAGUUGUCCCUAUAAAGGAAAAAAGCAGUUCAGUGAAAACUGCCUCUAAAUACAAGAGCAAGAGUGGGACAUUUGUUGUAACUCCUCAGGAUUCUGGAUUUUCCAAAAAGAAAAGUACUACUAAUGCAAAAGGAUUUGUGGAAUAUGUCAUGACAGAAAAAGAUGCUGUGACUUGCGUAGAGAUGACCCCCUCUGCAGCAACAAAGCCAACCAGUAAAACUGCAGGGAGGAAGAGAAAGAGAAUAAACUGCGCAGAUUCUGAAGAAGAGGAUAUGGAGGUGAAAAUGUCAGGAAAAGAGAGAAGAAAACUAGAAAGAGCAGAGAAGUCGAAGAAGAUUGGAGUUCAUUUCUAUUCAUAUGCCAAUGUUAAGAACAGGAAUUAUUCAAAGAAAACUGAUAAUGAUGAAGAGCAGGGUGUGAAAACAAAAAAGAAAAGGAAGCAUUGAUUAAUGAUAAAACUGCAGUU